AUGAAAUCAGGUACACCAGCCUUAAGUAGCUUGUUUGAAAUGAUUAAAGAAAAUUUAAAACAAUUUGUUUAUUAUCCCAUUCCACAGACUAUUGAAUAUAUGAAAUGUCGACUUACCAGGGAUAAAAAGGGCAUGCAAAAAGGACUUUUUCCAAUAUAUUAUUUACAUGCUGAAAGAGAAGAUGGAAAAAAGUUUCUCAUACUGGCUGCUGAAAAAUGUCGCAAUAAAAUUGGUACAUCAAAUUAUUUGAUAUCGACAGAUAUUAUAGAUUUAUCACUUGACGGAGAAUCUAGUGGAAAACUUCGAGGAAACAAUCUGUUGGGAACAGAGUUUACAAUUUUUGAUAAUGGUGUUAAUCCAAUACGUACAAGUACAGAUCCAGAACAUCAUCGACGUGAAAUGGCAGCUAUCAUCUAUGAAACGAAUAUUUUUGGUUUUAAAGGACCAAGAAAAAUCACCGUCCUCAUACCCGAUAUAGAUAACGAACAUCAACGUAUCGAAGUUCAACCGAGAAAUGAACAAGAAAGUUUAAUUGAAAGAUGGAAACGUAACGAUAUGAAAAAUAUUUUAGAAUUACAUAAUAAAACUCCAAUUUGGAAUGAAGAUUCAAAGUCUUAUAUUCUGAAAUUUAUUGACAAUCGGGUUACCGAAGCAUCGAUUAAGAACUUUCAAAUUAUUCGGAAUUGCGACGAUAAGACUGAAGAUAUUGUCAUGCAAUUCGGACGCGUUUCUGACGAUAUGUUUACAUGUGAUUUCAGAUAUCCCCUCUGUGCAAUGCAAGCGUUUGGAAUUGCUCUAAGUUCAUUCAAUAGUCGAUUAGGUCGCGAAUAA